CUCUGCUCACCUCACUCUUCAAACACAAUUGAACCUUCCACCACUCUUAUUACUCAACAAAACCCUUUCAAUCCUUAAAUUUUUCUCAUAUAUUCCUUAAAAAAAACCAUGCAAACAAGAGAAGUAACAACUGGACUCAAUUACAUGCUCCCAUCAAACACAUCACCUUAUCUACAAAACUAUAACAACAUGAUUCAAAACAAUAACAUUUCCUCAUAUCAACUCCAAAAAUUCUCUAACCAAAUAUAUGGUAAUUACCUAAACACCCCUCAUCAACAAUUUCCUGACUUCAACUAUAGUCCACAAUCAUCAUGCAUAAGCAGCAACUCAACUUCUGAUGAAGCAGAUGAACAAAACCUUAGUCUCAUCAAUGAGAGGAAACACAGAAGGAUGAUAUCAAACCGCGAAUCAGCGCGUCGUUCACGCAUGAGGAAGCAGAAACACCUUGAUGAGCUUUGGUCACAAGUUCUUUGGCUAAGGAAUGAAAAUCAUCAACUUAUAGAGAAACUUAACCAUGUUUCUGAGAAUCAUGAUCAAGUUGUUCAAGAGAAUGCUCAGCUUAAAGAAGAAGCUUUGGAACUUCGACAAAUGAUAAAAGAUAUGCAGAUUCAUAGUCCUUUAAUCCCUUCUUUUAGUCCUUUGGAUGAUACAUAUCUUAGAGAUGAUUCUUCAAACAAUUCCAUCUCAAGUUCAAUGGAUCUUCUUGGUUGAUUUCAAGACAAAUUUUUAUCUAUUUGGUUUAAUUUCUUUACUUUUUUUAGUUUGUUUGUGUCUUGUGUUGAUGUCAAAAUCAGUAGUUUUCUCCUCCUUUUGAGAUAUGUAUGAGGUGAAAAGGAUAAAUGGCAAUAACUUGAGUUGAGUUUCAUUAUUUGAGCCUUUUCACUUCAUUAACUAUGAAACUACCUCUCAUUGUAUAAAAGAGUAGUAUCUAAAUUUGUAUGUCUUUAGCAAUAAAAUUUUAUGAGCCUCAA